AUGGGUGACUUUUUGACGGCUGUGUCAAGCAUCUCCCUCAGGUCAAAACCGAAUGCCGAGAGUUCCAAUAUCGCAGAGGCUCUUCCAAAUAGACCUAGAAUUCGCACCGUACGCAACUCGCCAACUUCGGUAGAGGAAGUGCUACAGAUUCUACGUUCAAGUCCAGCUGAGGAUGAUCUGAAAGACCUUCUUUUGUUCCUGAAUCAUGGAUCUCAGAAGUCUGCUGGGUUCGACAUAAGAACUCCUACGCCUGCUUCUGCCAAAGUAGUCACCGAACUUAUAAACACAACUCUUUCGGACUUCUGGGGUAGUGACGAUCAAACGGAUCUUCUGCUCAUAGACUGUUUGAGAAGCGUAGCUGGUAUUGGUGCUGCACUCGCAAAGCUUCGUCUUCUGAUCUCACAGCACCGAUCGACACAGCAAGGCGUGAAGCGAGCUGAAUCAGCAAGACCAUUGUCGGACACGAUCUCUGUGUUUUCGCAACUGCUGAGCUCGGACAGCCUAGCUCAAGACGUAUACUCUGACAUCGACAGACUUGUUGAGAGCCAGGCGAAACGGGUGCUUCUGUGGAAAGAGUUUUUGACAUUGGUAGGAACUGGAAAGAUCCUCGCGACUACGGCAGAAGCAGAAGACGCAAUCAAAACUGUUGGAGGUGAAUAUGAGCCUUCAUGGCUUGUGGACGGUCCGAAGUACUCUGCAUGGCUGGGUCGCAAUGUUUCCACGAUGAUGCGCAACACGACGAAGAUAAAUCAUACGUCCAAAGCUGCGGCUCAACUUUGCGGCAAGGCUCUCGGUAUUGGCUAUCCAGUUCGAGUCGUAGAAGAGAUUCACGCACAGUCUUCUUUCUCUUCGCCAGAUACAGGUCCUGUGUUGCAGUUGUUGCUACAGAGCUUGCAAGUACACGAGCAAAAGCAGUUUCUGAACUCGACUUUCAAAGUCUUGUCAAACCGAUCUCUUUCUCUUGUGGCACUUCCAGACUUUGAUGACAACCUCACAGAGACGCCCUCUGCAAUUGCCGCGACCUCUGCUGCCAUCUCAAGUUUGAUCGGAGACAACGAGGCUAUGAGAACACACCUCGAGACAUGGCUGUCUGACCCAGUCCAAAACGCUUCGGAAACAUUCGCUUUGCGACGAGCCACUGUUUCCGCGUUCGCUCAUGCAAGCAAAGGAACAUCAAACAUGCUCGAAGAUCCCGUCCAAGAUCUUGUGGAGAAGACCAUGAAACGAUUCGGCGACAACUUGUUCAUCAAGCAUUCGCCCAUCCUGCAGCAAGAAGCUUGUGCCCAAAUUCUGCUUCUGGUUGCAGGCUAUGCCCAUAGAGCACAGCCAAUGUCUCUCUUCAUCAUGGCUCGCUCAAGCGCCCAUCUCAACGGCAUGUCCAAUCGCUUAAACUCAUCCUCACCAAGGGCUCGUUUCCUUGGCAUGAUUGUCGGCAUGGCUAUCUCAGACCUGGUGGACAAACCAGGAUCUAAGAUGGACUUCGACAUUGACGACUUGAAGACGGCAGAAGGAAAGUGGUAUCAGAGAUUGGUCAAGGUGAACGAUGAAGUUGGCAGCUACACCGAUAUCAAGGAGGUAUUUAGCAUCAACAAAACAGAGACAUCAGACAAGAAUCUCGAUACAACGAAACCUCGGUCGACAAAGGCACCGGCUCCGCCCAAACCGAAGGCCAAACCUCUUAUCCAGGAGGAGUUGCAAGGACCCAGGAUCAUGGAAGUCUUGGAUGAUUCAGACGAAGACGACGAUCUUAUACCUUACGCCAAACCAGACUCUGAUCCUGAGGACGAGGAUGAUGACCCCACCAUGAUCAAUCGUGACAAGCCAAAAGCUCCUGUCUACAUCCGGGAUCUAAUGGCCGGACUGAACGAUUCGGAGAAUUACGACAAACACAGUCUGGCACUGAACAGUGCUGCUGCACUGAUCCGUCGCAAGACCUCAUUCGGCAAAGAGGUUAGUGACCAUGCCCUGGAGCUCGCAACGAUCUUGGUCGGACUCGGCGACACCUUCGACAUGGACAACUUCCUGGAGCUUCGAUUACAGGCACUUAUCGCAGUCCUGGUAGCGAGUCCAGCGCAAAUGGCCCCAUGGUUCGCGCGUCAAGUCUUCGAUGGAGACUACUCUCUGAGUCAGCGCACGACAAUACUGAGUGUCCUAGGAUUGGGCGCGCGAGAGCUGGCCGGCUACAAGGACGAGGAUGAAGAGCUGAACCCUACAAUGGCAGCAACAUCCUUCCCCAGUAAGCAGCUCCCGGAGAGACUGCACAAAAUGUAUGCUGCCGAGAGAAAUGCACCCGUCGCUCUAAUCGCGUCAAAAUUGGAAAGAUCCAUGAUUCAACCAAUGGCACUCGAUGCAGCAGACAAAAUGUCCGGACCUAACAUCCUGAAAGUCAGAACAUUCUCUUCACGUAUGGAAGUCGAAAAGAAGAGGAAGAAGACGAUCCCUAACGCAUUGGCCAAGAUGGUCGCAGAACGUUUCUUCUUCCCUCUGACUGGCCGCUGGUGGCAGAACCUGCAGGCGUAUGGGUCGGAGAGUGUGCAUUUCCAGCCUUUCUUGCUGAGCACAUAUCUCAAGACACUUGCACUCAUCUUGCAUGCGUCAGGAACUGGGACUAUCUGUCUUCCUCAGAUGACGGCAGAGUUUUGGGAGCUGAUCUUGAGUGUAAGGACGAAAGCAUUGGCUGAUGUCAGUGUUUUGGAAGCUGUUCUCUUUGCGACUCUGACACUUUUGGACAUGAAUGAAGAUAAGCGCAGGCUGGCGGAAGAGCACUCGAAGCAGUUGAUCGAGACACAAGAAUGGGUCGAGCUUGUCUUUGACAGAGUUGGUGGAGGUGACGAGGAAGGGGAGAGGAUCCGCAUGCUAGCAGCUAGUGUUUUGAUGAAGACGAGAGAAGUCGUGGACAAGUACCAACGAUUGCUAAUUGGCGACCUUGUAGACUACUAA